ACCACCACAGGUUAGUGGGUCAAACAGUAAACAGUUGCUGUUGGAAUGGAAAAGUUCAGCUGGGUUUGUCAGAGAGACGUGUAAGGAAAGAUAAAAAGAUUGCUGAAACGUUAGGAUGGACCAACCACAGAAGGACCAGCCAGCAGACAACAAGAUGAAGGAGUCUGAGAAGACCUCUGGACAGCCGCCGGUCACAGCCUGUCUAUUCAGCGCCGCCUUCUUUGGUGCCCUGGGCUCGUCUUUCAUUUAUGGCUACAACCUCUCUGUGGUCAACGCUCCCGCUUUGUACAUUAAAGCUUUUUACAAUAAGACCUGGAUUGAGAGAUAUGGGGAGCCUCUUUCAGCAGAGACAGCCACCCUCCUCUGGUCCGUCACAGUGUCCAUAUUUGCUAUCGGUGGCCUUCUCGGAGCGCUGUCCGCCUCUGUAAUCCUCAAAGUACUGGGAAGAAAGGGAACCUUGCUGGUGAAUAACAGCUUCGCUAUAAUAGCUGUUUUGCUGCUGACCCUGGGUGAAAGAGCCAAAUCUUUUGAGAUGCUCAUUAUUGGCCGCCUCAUAAUUGGGGUGGAUUCUGGCAUUGCUCUCAGCGCCCUCCCCAUGUACCUGGGAGAAAUUACGCCACGACACAUCCGAGGUUCCAUUGGCCAGUUCAACUCCAUCCUGAUCUGCUUGGGAGUAUUCACAGGACAAGUGCUGGGGCUGCCCGAGCUGCUGGGUCAGGAAACCAGAUGGUGCUACCUGUUUUCCUUCCUGGCGUUUCCAGCCAUGCUGCAGCUGGCUGUGCUGCCCUUCCUCCCGGAGAGUCCUCGCUACCUGCUGAUAGAGAGGAGGGACGAGGCUGGAGCAGAAAGAGCCUUCCAGAGGUUUUUGGGGAAGAAAGAUGUGUCCCAGGAGCUGGAAGAGGUCCAUGCGGAGGCUCGGGCUCAGGACAACCUACACACUGCCUCUGUGUUACAGCUGCUGAGGAGCCCAGCUGUUCGCUGGCAGCUCAUCACCAUCAUCAUUACCAUGGCCUGCUAUCAGCUCUGUGGCCUCAAUGCGAUAUGGUACUACACCAGCGGGAUCCUUCGGGCGGCAGGCUUUGCUGAGGACAUUCUUCCCUACAUCACACUGAGCACCGGGGCCAUAGAGACACUGUCUGCUAUCAUCUCAGGCUUAGUGAUAGAACGAACCGGCAGGAAACCCCUCCUCAUCUUCGGUUUCUCUGCUAUGGCCGCAUUCUUCAGCCUACUCACAGUGUUUCUCAAUUUCCAGGACAGUCUGGAGUGGAUGCCCUACCUCAGUUAUGUCUGUAUACUGGCUGUGAUUGCGUCCUUUUGCUCUGGACCAGGUGGAAUCCCCUUCGUCCUGACCGGCGAGCUGUUUGAACAGUCCUACAGACCUGCUGCCUUUGUGAUUGCUGGCACCGUUAACUGGCUGUCCAACUUUGCUGUGGGCCUCCUGUUUCCAUUCAUUCAAGAGAGGCUGCAGUCCUUUGCCUUCCUGGUGUUCGUAGUGGUCUGCAUCUUGGGAUCAAUCUACCUCUAUAUUGUCCUUCCUGAGACCAAAAAUAAAACAUUUAUGGACAUCAGUCAGAGCUUUGCCAAGAUCAACAAAAUCCCUGUCCCCUCCCCUGGCCAGGAAAUGGAGCUGGUUCUGUCCACUAAGCCUGGCGUCAAUGGAAAAGUCCAAGAUGUCACCAAGAUGGAGAGUUCCUUCUAGCUGAACAAACUACACUUAUUUUAGAUAGGCUUGGUUGAAUAUAAACUGAAAGUAUAAGUUGUUUAUACAUAUUUAUUGAAUGAAUGUGGUCAAUGAAAUGAAAAUCAGUGCUUUUGUUUCAAUGCAUUUUUGUAUUCUGUAUAUGUAUUGUAUAUCUGUAAUAUUUAGAAAAGAUUAGUUUACGGCAAUUUUUUGGUUUAUGUCUUUUAUUACAAUGAAACAAACCAAUGGGAAUUUAUUUUUUGUUUACAACUUAAUAUACAGUAUAAAACAAAUAUAAAUUACAGAAACCCUAGAUUGUUGAGGUCCUUCAACAGUUAUAAAGAGGAUAAUAACUGGGCUGAAGGGGUCUUGCAGAAAAUAUUAUUGUAUGCACAAUUAAACCUAAAGCUGCAUUAAGUGAUUGUUUGACAAUCUUUUGUAGUAAAAAAAGAUGCGGUUAACACAACACUGAAAUACUGUAUUAUCAUCUCACAUAGAGUGCAGUAGCUUAUUUACACAUCCAGCAGAUAUGGAAACAUCAACAUUGAUUCCGAGCCAAAUGUAUGUCCAAUAUUUACUCUUUUACCUCUUUGUUUUGUUCUCCACUCAUUCAUGAAGGGUAUUGAUUAUAUUAUAUUGUGUAUUGAUUUUGGCGACCAACAAAAGUGGUUUCUAUGAGCACCACCUGUGUUUAAAGUAAGGAUUCACAACAAUGAGGUCAUGUAUCUAUUUGUGGCUAUUAAAAAAUGAUAACUGUAACAUGAGGAUGGUGAAACAAAGUAAACUUUGUUUUAGCCUCCAAGGUAAAUUCAUAUUGAGCUAAAACCAGGUCCCACAAGGUAUUCAGAAAUAAAAUAGACAUAUUACAAAAAAAUGGUCUAUAAGGGCCAGUUCAAAUCCCACAAUUCUCUCCAUCUGUUGACUCACUGACCAAGGUUGACUCAUGUCUUUGCCCGUGCUCUGUCACCGUCCCUUUUAGCCUUUUCAUGUUCUUCAGUCAAUUCUUUUCUUUUUUCUUUGCUGACCCUGCCCCAGUGUCAGCCUUCACCACA